GCGAUGAUGAGGCGUGAGGGCGGCAGGUGCAGAAGGGGAGGCGGCGCAGGCCAAGAGGGAAGGCGUUGGAAUGAAACUCUGGAGGGUAUCCGCUUCAGGUGAAGGGAUACAGAACAGGUGGGUGACCAGUUUCCGAGUUCCUGUGUAGCUUCUCCCUUCCGUGCCCAAGAUUUCUCAUGCAACGGACCGUGGCUGUCCUUGGCGGUGGGGUGAGUGGUCUUGCUGCCUGCUACUACAUCUCCAGAAACCCCCAGGCACCCAAGGUCAUCCUUCUGGAAAGCAGCAGCCACUUGGGAGGCUGGAUCAGUUCCACACGUAUGCAAGAUGGAGCUGUGUUUGAACAUGGCCCUAGAGGGAUCCGGCCUACUGGCGCUGUGGGAAAGAACACCCUUCUUAUGGUCUCUGAACUUGGACUUGAAGCGGAGGUUCUUCCUGUCCCUGGCAGCCACCCAGCGUCCAAAAACCGCUACCUCUAUGUUCAAGGGGACUUGCAUAAACUCCCGUCAAGUAUUGGUGCCGUUUUCCGGACUGUGCCUCCUUUCACCCGUCCUCUGGUCUGGAGUGGUCUGAAAGAGCUAGUAGCUUCUCGUGGCUCUGAACCAGAUGAGACCAUCCAUGCUUUCGUGAGGCGUCGCUUUGGCCAGGAGCUAGCUGACAUCGUGAUUGACAGUCUCUGCCGAGGUGUGUUUGCUGGAGACUGCCGGACGUUGAGUAUGCGCUCCUGCUUCCCAGCGCUGUUCCAGGCUGAGCAGACGCACCGUUCUGUCAUCAUGGGCAUGGUUCUUGGUGGAGGAAAAAGCAUCCCCUUGGAUUCUGCACUGAUCCGCAGGGCCCAGGAGGGGCGCUGGAGCCAGUGGUCCCUGCGUGGUGGGAUGCAAUCCCUCCCUGAAGCUUUGGAGGAUUUCUUGAAGCAGCGCGGGGUGGAGAUCCACUGUGACAGCCCUGUCAAACAGCUGGAGAGAUCAGCAUCUGGCUCCUGGCGGAUAAUGCUGGAAGAUGGCAGUGUGGAGGCAGAUCAUGUGAUCAGUGCUUUGCCAGCCAGAGAGCUUGCUGUGUUACUUCCCACCUGGGCUGAGCCACUUGCGCGUGAGCUGCUAAGCAUCCAAGCUGUUUCUGUAGCAGUAGUCAACCUGCAAUAUGAAAAUGUGGUGCUCCCUGUUACGGGUUUCGGGCACCUGGUACCAUCUUUUGAGGACAACUCUGUACUUGGCAUUGUUUAUGACUCAGUUGCGUUUCCUGAACAGGACGGAUCCAGUGGGUCUGCUGUUCGCCUGACAGUGAUGCUGGGUGGCGCAUGGUUCAUGCCAGGUCUUGGUGACCCUGACACAGUUUCCCACACUGUGUUGCUGAAGCGUGCUGAAGCGGCUGUCAAAAAACAACUUGGGAUAUCUGCAGAGCCCUCUCGGGCCAUUGUCAAGGUGCAGAAGGCUUGCAUCCCACAGUAUGUACUUGGCCACUGGAAACACAUAGAGAAUAUAGCUACUUAUCUGGUGCAGCAGAAACUACCUCUGAGCCUGAUAGGAGCUUCCUAUGAAGGUGUCUCGGUCAAUGACUGUAUCGCCAGUGCUAAGACUGCGGUGGGCAAGCUUCUUGGCCAAUGUUGAGCUUGAAAGAGAGAGAUCAUCCUUGGAUUUCUUGUGCCAAAUAGUUCCUCUUCUUUGCCUGAAGGUGGCUGGAAUCCUGGCUUGCUGACUUUGCAGAAAGCUGAGACAGUAAGAUAUUGGUUUAUUUCUGAAGUGUGGUUUUUAAAAGUUGAAAAGGUACUUUUGGAGUCCCUACUAGGAGCAGAGAUAUCUUUGGCCCCUUUCUCUUGCUUAUGGUGUAAGUUUUUGGGGAGAGAACAAAAUAAAUCAGGCUCCUGAAUACAUAUUGUGGAGCUUCCUCAGCUGGCAAGAGAACCUCGCCUAGAUGGGGCUUUCCUAAGAAUGGCAGGCUGGGCUUGUCUUACUGGCAAAAAGACCGCAUUAGGAGAGAACAGCCUCAACUUGUGGCCUCCCUCCUCCGUACCCAUUGCAGCGGCAUUUAAGAAGUUACCUGGUGGAGGCUAUACAAGAAAGCAGAGGUUGGCUAUAAGAAAAAAUCCAAAAUCUGUAUUGUGGUGUUGCCUUUUUAUUAGAGCACCAAAAAAAUGUGUGCCAACUUUUGAAAUCUUCAUUCUUCAUCAGGUGGGAUAUCUGAAAAAGGUGUCUGGGACGAGGGGGAAACAUGAUCUUACAGUCCUGUUGUUGUAUUUCAUGUAUUUAUAUUGAAGGAGACACUGAAACAGGAUUUGCUGUGUGUUAGGGUGCCAGACUGAAAACUGGAGAGGGCUCCUGUGGAUUAAAUGGCUGGGUAGAAGAGGGAAUUUCAGUUGUUGUUGCUUGUCACACAAUUAUUAUUAUUAUUAUUAUUAACCUUUAUUUAUAAAGCGCUGUAAAUUUACACAACCAGAUAACAAGCAAAACCUGCCCAAAUUUCCCUUUCUACCCUUUUUAAAAAAUGUACAGAAGUCUUCUCCAGUUAUCAGUCCGGCCAUCCUGGGAUGUAUCUACACUGCAGAAUUAAAACAGUUUGACACUACUUUAACUGCCAUGACUCUAUCCUAGGAGAAUACUGGGAUUUCCUUUUUACUACGCCGUUAUAUUUAUUGGGACUUGAUUUUGGUAUUCUGGGGUGUGUGUGUGUGUCCUGGGACCAAAUCCCAGUGGAUACCAAGGGCCCAUUAUGUACGAUUCUCCAUUUUUAAAAUACAAAGCUCUAUAAUAAACUUGUAGCUUAUUUA